GGGGUGGUGUGUGUGUGUGUCUGACGGUGCUGCCCAGCAGUAAGGCGACGUCUCUGGGGGGUGGUGGUGUGUGUGUCUGACGGUGCUGUGCCCUUGUCUGAUUCCCAGGUGACAUGGCCUACAGUUUCGAGGUGGUGGACCGGGCUCACUGCCGGCUCCUGCUGGAGCAGCUGAACGAGCAGAGGCUGCGGGGCCGCUUCUGCGACGUGACCAUCGUGGUGCAGGACAGCAAGUUCAAGGCGCACCAGAACAUCCUGGCGGCCUUCAGCUGCUACUUCCGGGAUCGCCUGGGCGGCCCCGGGCCCGGCCCUGACCCCGGCCCCGGCCCUGACCCCGGCCCCGGGCCCGGCCCCGCCGCCGAGCCCGUGCUGGAGCUCCGCGAGAUCAGGGCCGAGGUGUUCGCCAAGAUCCUCAACUUCAUCUACAGCUCGCGGCUGGUGGUCGAGCGGCUGGAGGAGGCGGACGCGCUGGCCAGCGCGGGUCACCGCCUGGGCAUCCACUUCCUGCAGGAGCUGCUGCUGCGGCCCCCCGCCCGCUGUCCGACCCCGCCGGGCGGCCCGCGGGGGGCCCGGGACACCGACACCGACACCGCGGGCCCCGGAGCGCCCUCGGCCAUCGACCUGACCGGGCCCUGUCCCCGCCCCCGCCGCGGGGCGGACGCCGCCGACCCGGAGCACGGCUGCGGGGCCGCCCGGGGGCUGCUCACCCUCAGCGCCGUCGCGGUCAGGGGCCUCGGCUUCGAGGCGGAGCAGCCCCGAGGCCCCUCCACCUCCCCCUCCCCCUCCCCGCCGCCGCCGCCUCCCGGGGACACCGCGGGCCCCGAGCUCAGCUGCAGGCACUGCUUCAGGCCCUUCGUCCACCUCAAGAGGCUGCAGAGCCACCAGACGGUGUGCGCGCGCGGGGCCGGGGGCGCGGACGGGGACGCGGAGCGGGAGCGCGAGCGCGAGCCGCCCGGGCCCCGGGGAAGCGGCGGCGGCAAGAGCCGGCGGAGGGAUACACCGCCGGGCGGCGAGGGGGACGACCACGUGGUGAAGGUGGUGGACGGUCACGUGCUGUACUCCUGCGCGGUCUGCGAACGCUCUUACGUCACUCUGUCCAGCCUCAAGCGCCACGCGAACGUGCACUCGUGGCGCCGCAGGUACCCGUGCCGCUUCUGCGACAAGGUCUUCGCCCUGGCCGAAUACCGCACCAAGCACGAGGUGUGGCACACCGGGGAGCGACGGUACCAGUGCAUCUUCUGCUGGGAGGCCUUUGUCACCUACUACAACCUGAAGACCCACCAGAAAUCCUUCCACGGUGUCGACCCGGGGCUCACCAUCAGCCAGAAAACCCCCAACGGCGGCUACAAACCCAAACUCAACGCCUUCAAGCUCUACCGCCUGCUCCCCAUGAGGAGCCACAAGAGGCCGUACAAGACGUACAGCCACUCCGCCCCUCCCACUGUCGCCAUGGAGACUCCUCCUCCUGCUGUCCUAGUGGAGACAGCCCCUCCCACUGUCGCCAUGGAGACUCCUCCUCCUGCUGUCCUCGUGGAGACUGCCCCUCCCACUGUCGGCAUGGAGACAGCCCCGCCCACCGUCUCCAUGGAGACUCCUCCGCCUGCUGUCCUCGUGGAGACAGCCCCUCCCACUGUCUCCAUGGAGACUCCUCCUCCUACCGUCCCCGUGCAUACAGCCCCUCCCACUGUCCUCGUGGAGAAGGCCCCUCCCACUGUCCUCGUGGAGAAGGCCCCUCCCACUGUCCUCGUGGAUACAGCCCCUCCCACUGUCCUCUUGGAGAAGGCCCCUCCCACUGUCCUCGUAGAUACAGCCCCUCCCACUGUCCCCGUGGAGACAGCCCCUCCCACCGUCCCCAUGGAGACAGCCCCUCCCACCGUCCACGUGGACAAUGCCCCGCCUACCAUCACCGUGGAGACAGCCCCACCCACCAUGGAGUCAGCCCUACCCGAUGUCGCCAUGGAGACUCCCCCUCCCACCGUCCCUGUGGAGACGCCCCCCUCAGCCGUUUCCACGGAGACGCACACCCACCCGCCCAGCUCAGUGUCCCCCACCGCACUCCCCUCCUCCCGGCUGACCUCCCUCUGCCCUGAAGGCAGUGCCGCCUCCAGCCAGAGAGAGCCAUCCUCCCUCCGGCAGCGGCCCAUCCGACCCUUCCUCGGCCCCGAGGGGGUGACCCCGGGGCACUCGGUCAUCACGUACGGGGGCCCCCCACCCUCCUCCUCCUCCUCCACCUCUUCGGUGAUUGUGGCACUACCAUCCACCGUCACCCACCGUGGGCAGUCCACCGUCAUUGCUUACAACGGCAAGUGCCCACCCGAGCACCACGGGCCUAGCACCGUCACCACGGAGAGACCAGUGAGAAGUCGGAGCCCACCAAUCCACCGCGACCCUUCGCCCACCAGCGCCCGCCAGAACCAGAAAGAACCGCGGGUGUCAAAGGUCAACAGGCAGGCGGGUGGCGCCGGCGAGGGGAGGACCAUGACCUACGUGGCGAAGCCGGCGUGCCCGGGCACCGCCAACGAGAGUCGGUCAGCGCCACUCUGCUGCAUCACCGUCCGCAUCGGGGAGGAGGCGUUCGUCAAACGGAGAAUCUCGGAGUCUGACCUCAUCCGGGACGAGGGAGGGGCGAGCUGCACCGAGGGGGCAGAGGGAGAGCACCAGCCGAGGGUGAGGAGGAGGAGGCGGAGAAGGCGGAGGCGGAGGAGUGACGGUUACUCCCUCGGCCAAGACUCCGAGGACGAAGACAGCGACCGCGAGGACAACCUCUGGAGGCCUUACUACUCCUACAAGCCCAAGAGGCGGGCGCCGGGCUCCCUCCACAGGCCACGCAGGGUGGGAUGGCACCGCCGGCUACGUUACCGUCCCCCUCCCCCCGGGGCGCCCCCAGCGACAGAUGGCACCCACCACCAAUGCGAGGUGCCCGGGGAUGGAGACCUCCCAGCCGUGGCCGGGAUCCCACGGGAGGGGCUGUGGCCCCCAUCCCCACGGAGCCCAGCCGACACCGACGGUGACCACUCUCCUCGUGCGAACGGCAGGAGGACACUCGCCGGGCGCCACCUGGGCAACCGCCUGGCGAAGACAGACCCCUCCGCCCCGGGGAGGGGUGGGAGCCGACCUCUGGGGGAGGGGGAGGAGGGGGCUGGAACGUCAAGGCUGGACCUGCGAACGAGACUGCCGACGGUCGGUGUAGAUCCGGACGCCAUGGUUAGCUGCCCGUCACCUCGGGAAGUGGCGGUAGUGCAGCCAGCACACGGGGAAGGGAAGAGGACCGCGGAGCCGCGGGGGGGAGAGAGCGCCACGGACGCCCGUGGCCGGCUUUCGGCGCCGACAUGCCCCUCCCCCGCUGAUUGGGAGCCGCCCCGGGACACUGGGAUGGCCAGCAAGAACCGCCUGGUGCAGGACGGCACCGGCCCGGCACAUCGAACUCUGCUGCCGGAGGACAGUGAGUCCCGGGCUUUGGGCACCCCGGAUACUGGGUGUCCCUACCCCCACCCCCAGCUGAGCCCGCGCCAAGAGGGUGGGGGUAGUUCCCCCGGCAACAGCAGGCCUGGAGCAGAGGCGUUGGUGCCGCAGGAAGGGAGCCACCACCUCCACACCCUGGAGCCGGCAGAGUGCAGACGGGCAGGCACCGGGCCAGAGUUCCCGCUCCAGGAAUACCCCAUCCCCCUGCUGACCAAUGGGAACUGCUGCCCACACAGCAAGAUCCCGUGCCCGGAGCGGGCGAAGCCGGCCGAGGGAGGACUGAGCAAGGUGACCUUCUACCAGGACCCCUACCCGCUGAUGUAUGGGCACCAGCUGCUGACCAGCACCUACCCGUACCCUUUCACCCACGUCUCCCCGCUCCCCCUCGCCCUCAACAUGGUCAUCCGGGACAACAAGGCCCAGCAUUUGCCCCUCCUGCAGAGGAUGUUCGUCUACCCUAGCCCCUGCCUUGGUGACACCACCCCACUGGGCACCGGGGAGAGUGGGGGCUGUGACGAGGCAGGGGGGCGGGAGCUGGUCACUGGGCAGAAGGACUCCUCAUUAUACUGAGGUACCCGACUCUCCCCCCCCCCCUCCCCCCCCCCAAACCUAGCCUCUCCUUGGGCCGGGGGGUCAUCGUCACUUGGUGUUGGAUCUUCCUCAGUGACAUGGCAGGUGAGGGGGUGGGGGAGGGGGAAUUGCUGGGCUCACUGAGGAUAGAGCGGGAUGUCAAAUUGAGUGAGGUCACGCCCUCGGGUUGGCCAUUUUGGGAAUGGUCAGGGAAUAUAUCAGUCUCUUUCCCGCUCGACAGAAGGCCCACUCCUUACACCCUCCCCCACCCACCCGUCAUUUUUCCACUGGUUAGUGGAGAUGCUAACGGCAUUGUCCGUGCUCUGUUAGGGGUGGGGGGGAGAUGUUUCCAAGGGUGGUCCCGGUCAGGAGAGAGUUUGUAACUGUCGCCCGUGCGUUCUCACCGUGUUGAGAUGUAACAUUCACCAAAUGUCAACAAAACAGGAGGAGCUUCUGGUUAGAGACAGAGAGGGAGGGAUGAAGAGGGAAGGAGAGAAGGAGAGAGAGGGAGGUAGGAGAUAGAUGAUCAUCUAAAAGGGUGUCCGAGAUCUGGUCAGUGAUUCAGUAGGUCUCGGUGGAUUUAACAGGCCUCAGGCCUCACUUUGGGGCAUUGGCAAAUUGUCAAUAGGUGACUCUGCCCAGAAUCACCCACUUAACCCUUGCCCUCCCCCUCCCCCAAAAUAUAACAUGGCCCCAAGGAAACUGAACCACCAUAAAUAGAAAUUGGGCCAUACCAUCUGUGCUUCAUCCAGAGGCUCACUGAUGAUUUUACUUAGUCUGGUGACGAAACGUCUGAAAACGAACCUUCCAGCUCAGUGAGCAAACCUACAUCCAGAACAUGGCUGCCAAAUAUUGCCCGGUAAUGGUCAGUGUGAGACAAUUGUGGGGUCAGACCAGGGAGUGUCCUAUUGCCUCCAAGUGCAGUGACUCUCAAUGCAGCCAGAGAGUGAACCUGUGAUCCUGCCCCCCCCACCAAACUUGGAUGAUUCCCACCCCCCCACCCCAUGGCCAAUGUCUGCCCAGCGUGAGCAUGCCCCACGGUGCAGGGUAUUCAGGAGAUGGAGUUUGGGUCCAGCUGUUACUGUUGUGGGUCUACGUGGGGCCUGGUAAAUAGAAACCACCUUAAAACAAAUAUACGGAAUUGAUCAACACAAACUCUUCAAUUUACAGGGACCCACGGUACAACAGCACUGGGAGGGGUGCUGGGAGCAGGCACUGGGUGGAUGCACUGGGCACUGGAUGGAUGCACUGGGCC